AAUAGUACUGCAUCUCGAAGCACCUUUUUGCAGCAGGAACGCCCCGGCAUACUCGCUCGGGUUUUGUUGUUCUUUUCACUGCUGUUUGCCGCCCGAUAGGCCCUUAGCAUUUUUGGCCUUAUCUACCGUGCUUCCCCUCCAUCAAAAGAGUUCCCUCCCUACCAGUGCUAAACGUCUCGGCCAAUUACCUGGCAUGAACCCCCCUCCAAAAGCGCGAUCAAAGGCAAAAAACAGAAUUUAUCACCUUCAUUCGCGUCGCUAAAUCAAUCAACGCAGCGACCAAGAUCGCAACGCCAUCGUAAUCUAUCCAUCGCCGCCUCGUUUUCCAUCUGCUACGGUCCCAUAGCACCUAGGUGAACAUCCGUUUGAUUGAUAAACGGAUGUCGCGGCCGCCGAUGACAUGACUGAGGUCGGACCCGCCGACCGCCGGAAGCUGCUGCAUUCAAAGCGGGCGGAAGCAAAUUCAAUUGUGACGUCGCGCAAACGGAAGCUCAGAGAGUUGUAUGCUGUAGCAACCGACGAAGAUGGCUUCCCCAAUCACGACUUGAACGACCUCGAUACGCGUCCCGCCUCCCCCGGCGAAGCAAAGUUUCUCUUCGACUGUGAAAUACUGCAAGGCCGACGACUGGCCGAGCGACUGCUGCCCGUAUUCCAACGGCCUCGCUUCGAUACCUUACAACAUAUUGCAACCGCCGAUGAAUCCUCUCUCGGACAUGGCCCUCAUGUCGUCCAACAAGUUCAACCUUCGCCGUUGAUCCAUCCAAACCAUACGAUUCCCAAGAAUGUACAGCACAACGGCUUACCUUCGCCGGCACCGCCAACGUCGAGCAUCCGUCAUGAACCCGAACGGACCGUGCCAUACAACCAAGUACCUAAUGGGGCUGCCGGACCGCAGGAGGCCUUGAAGGCGUUCGCCCCUCGACAGGAGAUUCAGAAGCUGGCGCAGGUUCAAGGGAGUGCAGUCAAGACAGCCGAUGGUCCCAGCGGAGAGUCGAAACCGCCGGCGAAGGAGACGCCUGUGCUCCUUGCGCCCGCAGUACCUCAUGGAAAUGGGCGAUGGAACGGCAUCAUCAACAAUGCACCUCAAGGGCGCGUAUUGCCGACUCCGCAGACGGUUGCACCCCCAGCGACAGCUCCUACAUCAACUACGAAGACGGCGAAUCUGGGUGAAGGUAGGGCGGGACCCAAGGACGACAUGGUGUCUAGGGGAGAUGCAGAAGAGAAAGCUCGGCCUAAGCCCACAAUCACCUCUGUCAACCAGCUAUUAUCGAAUGGCGAUUCGAUUCGUUACCCCGAUACCCUCUCGUCACCCAGCUCAACUGUUCAGUCCGCUCCAACUCCCCUCGGUAAUGAAGCGUCAGCAAGCACUAGCCCCGAUAAUGAGGCAUCGCAGUCUUUCGAUAAGCCAGUCUCCAGGCCCGAGCAGGAACUCAGGAGGGUCACCACCGAUCACAAGGGCGUGGGUCAGUUCACAGGACCAUCUGUCGCCGUCCCAGAAUUGCGCCCACAGCCUCAACAACCAGGUGUGUAUGCCAAUGGGGCUUCAGAGGUCCCCAUCUCGUCAGCCCCUUCAGUCAGGCCAGCACCUAGCGGAGCAGAGGCACAGCUCCUCCAAGAAUCAGCUGCAACGCGGACGAGCCAAGUCAUCGGAAAGGCGGGUGUUGCGGGACCCAAUGGGGCGCAUUCUACUGGUGGGUUGCAGACGCAACACCCGUCAGCUGUGAAUGGUGAGGUCCGGAAUAUGAUGAACGGAGAUAUCCCAGGAAAGCACGUUGCUUCACAGGCAAGUGCUAGCACAGGCGUCACAGUGACAAAGGCCGCUUUGCCUGAGGUUUCAAAGCAAGGUCCCCUUCCUCAAGGCCCCGAAAGUCGCAAUAAUAGGGCGGAUGUUGGUCCUACUCCGAUGGACUUGGACAGGAUUCCAGCUUCGCAGGCAUCGAAAUCAGUCCCGAGUGUGCACGCAGUGCAAGAGAAAGCCGCUUUCCAAGAGUCUGCUCGCCAGCCUCAACCCUCUUCAGCCGCUCCGUCAACCACGCCACCAUCUACGCAGCCUGCAGUAUCUAUUGAGAAAACUGUGCCCGGAAUUCAAAUCAACGCACCACCAGAGACUGAGACUGAGACCCAGGCCAGGACGUCCCGAUCAUCUCACCCUGACACUGAAUCUGCUGUUGCGGACGAAGAAGGUGAUAUGCCUCCGGGCUUGCUAACUCAUCGGCUCAAGUCUCUCUCUACUAGGCUCCGCGAAAGGCGGAGGAAAAGUGUGCCUACGGUUGUCUUUGGAAAGCAGUACAGGAAACCUCGUUUUAGUGACGAUACCGCACUGAUUGUCAACAAACCAAAGCCCCCUGGUCACAUUCCUUCCGAAGACUACUUCGUGACGCUUUUCAUUGAGAGUUUUGCUCGAACUUCAUCUUGGAUGAAACCGCUCGAGAAAUUGUUGCACUCCGCCCACAAAACCGUGUCCACCUCCGAUCAAACGUUGUCAAUACUCGAUCACCAAGCCUGCAAGAUAUUGCGCAGAGUCUACCAUCUCCAACAGCACGACAAAUGGUCGCUUAGGCAACCUGUCCGUUGCCUGGAACCGGCAAGGCCCGCAUCCCAUCAGGACUUAUUGAUUAAGGAGAUGAAAUGGAUGCGGACAGAUUUUCGGGAGGAACGCAAGUGGAAGCGCGCAGUUGCUCGAAACCUUGCGAAUGCCUGUGCAGAAUGGUAUUAUUCCAGUCCUGCUGAUCGAAAACUCCUACAGGUGGACGCUAAGAUACCUCCCGUCCGGGCGGUCGACAAGGCUGAUACCAGCAUGGCAGAUGCCCCCGAAACUGGCGAGUCUUUGGUUCCGGAGCUGGAUCACUCGGAUUCGCCCGUAGGUAACGACGAAGAAGUACCGGAGCUGCCAAUUACCACCAUUGCACCAGCAACCAUCUUUGCCUUGCAGGAUGACGAAGUGGUCUUUGAGCUACAGCCUUCACGGACGGCGGAUCUUCUGCUAGAAAAUCUGCCAAUGUAUGGUUCCCCGCUCAAGGUUCCCAAGUUCGACUGGAUAAUUCCAGACUACGAUCCCGAUGCCAAGUGGAAGAGGCCAGCCGUGCCUCUCAGCAAGUAUGUUGAGGGCGAAAUGGUUUUGGACGUGAAGCCACAGCCUCAGAAACGUUCCCGAUUCCAGUUCCAGGGUGAAGACGAGGAGGAGGAGGAGGAAUAUGUCUUUGGUGCUCAGCCAGACAAGGGCGCCAAACUGCCGCCCGCAAGUACUGAUGUGGCCUUGUUUGCUCCGGAAAUGAAGUUGACCAGAGAUCGUCUACAUGCUGGCCAUCAAUUUCGCCCACCUUCAGAACACCCAAUGCCUGUCCAGAGCUUUUUUGAAAGCCGGAUUGCUUCACAAUGGACAUUGGCAGAGGAUGAUCAGCUUAGGGCGUUGGUACGUGAGUAUUCGUAUAACUGGUCUCUCAUUUCCUCGAUGAUCUCUAGCAGAUCAUCGUUCCCAUCAGCUGUGGAGCGGCGUACCCCUUGGGAGUGCUUUGAGCGAUGGGUGAACCUCGAGGGCCUGCCUAGUGAUUUUGCAAAGACGCCUUACUUCAAGGCUUAUCAGGCCAGGAUCGAUGCUGCCGGGCGGACCAUUCUACAACACAAUCAGAACGCGGCACAGGGGCAGCAGGUUGGACCUAACGGUGCGGUGGCCCCUAUUCCACGGAAGAGGCCCACCAACACCAUGCGUGUUGAGAGACGUAGGAACCAAAAACAUCUGGCAUUGUUUGAUGCUAUGCGAAAGUUGGCGAAGAAACGAGAGGCGGCGGCGCAGAAACAGCAGGCUCAGGCCACUAUGACAGCCAUGCGCAAAACAAAUGAGCAGCAGAGACAGCAGCCCCAGCAGCAACUCCACCUCCAAGCGAAAACUCCUCAGGAGUACAGUCUCAUGAGAGCUGCUCGUGACCAGCAAAUUGCAGAGAAGAUGGCUCAUCUAGCGGCGCGGCAGCACGAGAUAAUACAGAAACGGCUCCUCACGCAAAGACAAGCCCAAAUGGCUGCCACGCCUGGCGUCGCUCAGGUGCCCCAGACAGCAGCGCAACUUGCCGCCGCCAAUUCACUCAACAACGCCGCAGCCAGACUCAAUAUUCCAGGUCAGAUGGCCGUAACGGCCCAGAAGCUCGCUCCAGGACGCGUCCCGAUGCAGACUCCAGCCGGAAUCCCCACGGUUCCCGCCCAACUGGCCGCCAGUGGUCUUGUACCACCUCUUCCCGUCGCCGCUAUCCCUCAAGCUCAGCUCCAGGCCAUGCAAGCACAGCACCGGCUGCCAAUGGUAAAUCCUACGCCAGAUAUCAACCUCGUGAUGCAGGCCCGAAGGAUCCAAGAUCAGCAGAGAGCUGUUGCGGUGCAAUUGCAGCAACAACAGCACCAACAACAUCAGCAUCAACAACAACACCCACAGCAGCCACAGCAGCAGCAUCAGGUUCAACAACAAGUGGUCUCACAACAACAACAACAACAACAGCAACACCAGCCACAGCAACAGCAGCAACAGCAGCAACAGCAGCAACAGCAGCAACAGCAGCAACAGCAGCAGCCGCAACAGCAACAACAACAACUACAGCAGCAGCAGCAGCCGCAGCAUCAACAGGUUCAAACACCUCAACCAGCACAGCAGCAGUCACAACAGCCUCAAGUGACCCAGCAGCCGCCGCCAGUGCCGCAAGUUCAAAUCAACGGUGUUCAAGGGUCGCCAACACCAAUGCGGCCGGUGGUGAAUAGCCUGAACAAUGGCGUCUACAUGUCUAGCGUCAGUGCGCAAGCGAUGAUGGCUUCGUUUAAUGCGGCAAAUAGCGUUGCUGGGAUGGUGACGUCUCCAGGUGCUGGGUUGAGUAUGCCGAUGCUACCGGCUGGAUCGCCGCGUGGUCCUCAGAUUCCCGCUCAGCAAUUACCCUAUACUCAUAUCCACACUAGACUUAAGGAGUUCGAGACCCAUUUCAGGAAUAAGAAUCCCGGGGCCACCCAGGACCAGAUCAGGCAGAUGGCUACGGAACAUUUGGGUCGAUUGAUAGUUCAAACCCAACAGCAUGCCAUGAAUGCCGCGGCAGGUGGAGUUGGACACAGUCUAGGUACCGUGGCCACUACAACGAGUCCUCACCAAUAUGCGCAGCUUCUACGGGCCCAACAACAGGCUCAAGCACAACAGGCUCAAGCACAACAGCAAGCUCCGCAACCCGCUCAAAAUCAGCUUACCCCGGCCCAGGUAGCCCAGGCACAAGCGGCGGCUGCUCAGAAGCAAAAACAAGCGGCAGCGGCAGCAGCCCAAGCCCAAGUUCUUGCACAAGCUCAGAUGCAGACCCAAACUCAAGCGCAUCAGCCUCAGCAACCUCAAGCCCAGCCUCAUGUUCAAGCACAAGCAAUGGCAGCGGCUCAGCUUCAAGCUCAGGUUCAGCUCCAGGCGCAGGCGGCGGCCCAGAAGCAAGCAGCCCACGCCCAUCCUCAGGCUCAGUCUCAGGGACAAGGUCAACCACCCCAGCAAACUCAGCGAGCUCAUCAAGUCCAGCAAGUACAAGGGCAGCAGGCACAUCAGUUGCCGCAGGGUCCACAGUCACAGCAGAUUCAGCAGCAGGUUCAGCAAUCCCCGCAGGCACGGCAGCAGUCUCAACAGCCUCAGAUGGUACGACAGCCGGUACAGCAAGCCCAGCAACCUCAGCAAAUUCAACAACCUCAACAAUCCCAGAAGACCCCGCAAAUGCAACCCCAGCAGCAAGUACAAACGCCUCAUCAACAGGCUCAGAAAGCUCAGCAGUCCCAGCAAGCACAGCUAGCGCAGCAGCAGCAACACCAACAACAGCAGCAGCAGCAACAGCAUGGACAAGUUCAAAGCCAAGGCCAAAUUCAGGGCCAGGGUCAAGCUCUGCGUCAAGGCCAAGCUCAGGGUCAAGGCCAAGGUCAGGGUCAAGUCCAAGGUCAGGUCCAGGGUCAGGUCCAAGGCCAAGCUCCGGGUCAGGUUCAACCUCAGCACACUCAGCAUUCUCGACACACCCCUAAUGCCCAGCACGCUCAACACACCCAGCAAGCUCAACACGCUCGGAAUGCCCAGCAAGCACACCACACCCAACAAGUUCAGCAGGCACAACAUGUCCAGCAACCUCAAGGGCUUCAGGGACAGAGACACGGACAAGUCCAUGGGAACGGGCAACAACUUCAUCAGCAGCACCAGCAUCAACAGCAGCAACCACAGCAGGCACAACAGACGCAGCAGCAGCGUCAACAAGUUCACCCUGCACCACAGCUACCGCAGGCGCAGCAGGCUCAACAGGCACAACUGCCUCAACAUGCUCACCAAGCUCAAGCCCAACAGCCUCAAACUCAACAGGCUCAGGCUCCCCAGGCUCAAGCCCAGCAGCCUCAGCCGCCUCAGCAAGCCCAAGCUCAGCAAGUUCAACAGCCGCAACAGGCUAAGCUGACUCAGCAGGCUCAGCAAGCCCAACAGGCUCAAGGUCAACAGGCGCGGGCUCAACAGGCUCAGGUUCAGCAGGCUCAGGCUCAGCAGGCUCAGGCUCAGCAGGCUCAGGCUCAGGCUCAGGCUCAAAGCCACGGGCAAAUGCAACCGCAAACUCAACCACAACAGCAACCGCAACCGCAGCCUCAGCCUCAACCGCAGGCGCACCAGCCGCAACAGGCUAGUCAGCAAGUUCAGCAUGGUCUGGUUGGACAGCAAGGCCAGCAGAACCAACAAGGCCAGCAAGGUCAGCAAUCACAUCAAGUUCAACAAGCUCAACAACCACAGGUCCAACAAGCCCAGCAACCUGUAGCUACUCCCCAGCCUGCUUCCCAGACUAGUCAAAAUUCUCAGCCUGCUCAGCAGGCAGGAAUGGCGCAGCAACAACAGGGACAGGGGAGCGGCAGCGCUGCGCCUGCUCCAACAAAAUAAUAAACUGAGAGAGAACCACCAAAAUACUUGCUUCAUGCCGACACUAGGAAAUGAGCAGUAGCCAUACAAUGCUUUGACUGCCGAUAUCAUGAGUUACGGCAGAUGAUGGUCCUGGAGAUAGGGUCAACGAUUGGGGGGGAGGAAAUUAGAGAUUUAGUUAAGCACAAGGCACAUGUAGAUGUAAGGGCUACUCGAAUGUUGUACGUAUAGGGAAGGCUUGUCGUUCAGCGAUUGCACAUGAUUAAGGCGUUCUAAUGAAAUGACGAGCGCAUUGAAUAUAGAUAUUAGUACGU